AUGAGCUGGCUAUACCGGGAUUCUGCCGGCAUUUACCAGGGCUCCACCUGGGCACCACCGGCGACAACCGGGGGCAUUGCUGUAGCUCUGCCGGGUAUGUAUAGCCCCCGGUGGAGCAACGGUGCCGUCCGGCACCGGGUUGUUCCGGUGCCGUCCCGGUUGUUUGUUACCGGUGCCGCGCCGCGAGUCGAUCCGGUCCUCACGAGCACGGUCUAUCACAACAACAUCGUUCCCGGUGAAAGAAAGCAGAGCCCAUUAUCGCCGACGUGUUAUUUUAAAAACACAUACGUUUUCAAGGGCUCAAUAUUUCUAAACCAAGUAGCCCAGUAUGCUGUACCUGCUAAAAAAGCUGCUGGAAAAGGACCUCCCCAAAAAGGUGCAAAAAAAAAGUUUGAAGUGGAGACCAAUGCAGAGCUGCUGUGUACCCGUCUGUGUGGUGGGAAUGUCUUUAAGGAAGGGGAGGACCCAGUGUUAGGCAAGGAUGAAGACUAUCCAGACUGGCUGUGGAAAUUGCGGACUGAGAAAGGACCUAUUCCACUUGAAGAACUGACAGAAGACGAUACUCGAUACUGGCGACGUCUCCGGAAGAUGACAAUGAAAGAGAAUAAUAAAUUAAUGAAAAUAAGGAAAUUCUAAUUGGAUUUAACUUUAAUGUAAAUUCUUUGCUAAUAAAUUGUUUUAUAUUAAGCCAUUAUCUCAUAUUUCGUUCAUUAAGAUAGAAAAAAAGUAUAAUUUACAUUCAGUGUCUGCAUAUCUAUAUCGCCGUAUGGCACUGUGUACAUUUUGCUAAUAUAUCAAGUGAAUCAAGUUUUCUUUAUUACAUGAAUGGAUCUUAAAAUGAUUUCUUAAUUGUGAAUAUGUCUUGAACUUUGGUUAAUUAUUCUUAGCAUAUAUCAAACUAGAUUUUAUAUAAAUCUUGUAAGGCAAGGUAAUUUAUUAUGUUAAUACAUGAAAAAUGUUGAUUUAAUGAGAUGCAUCUUAUUAUAAUGAGUAUCAUUUACUAUUACUUAGAAAUGAAUUAGAAACAUUAAAAUGGAUGGAGAUAUUAUGAUAAUUUUUUUUAUAGGUAUCUUACGUACAUGUAUGUACCUUACUUGUGAUUCCAUUGGAGGAAUAUUAGGUCAAGAUCUCGUAAAGGCUUGAGCUUGUAUGGGGUAUGGUUUUUACAUUUUGUGUUUUGAUAGCUGAUAUGCAGACCUAGCAUGGGAUUGUACAAUUAUUUAAAUUCAAUGAAUAUCUAAAACAUUGAAAACA